AUGAACAUGGAAAACGACUUUAAGGAAGAACUGAACGGAACAAUGAGAGCAGCAUGGGUAGCAUUCGCACCCGUCAGGGAGGCCACGGACCAACUAGCGGACCAAAAUCUCCUUGCCCGUGUGAUCUACUCUACAGUGCCAACGCUCUGUUACGCAGCGGAAACGUGGGCAGACACCGUUGCCACGUCUAGGAAGUUAUUCACAGAGCCCUUAAGAGAUGUCUUCUGA